AUGAAUAAUACCUUAAUAUUUUUAUUUUUACUUAUUAAUUAUGGUAAAAAUGUAUAUGGAGCAACAUCAAAUGUCAAAGAUCCUAUAGAUGAAAAUGAUGAUCCAUCAAAUAUAGAUAGAAGAUGGAUGUUGUAUGAUUUAGAAACGAACCCAUAUUUAGAUUUAAAACAUCCUAAUUUUAAGGGAGAUUUUAUAAGAAGUAUAGAUGAAUAUUAUGUAUAUGAAACAAAAGAAUAUAAUAUGUAUAAACAAACUAGAUAUGCUAAUAUGAUGAAUAACACAAGUUUUGAAAGAAAACAAUUUAAUUGUGUAAUUAGCGUAUUGCUUCAUGGAAGACCCAAUUCUAGAGAGUUUUAUGAUUAUAAAAUAUGGAGUUCUCAAGCAGCUAUAAUAAAAGAUGAAGUUAUAUCUAAACAAAAAUAUGGCAAAUUUAUUUUGUAUGCUCCUUUUAUUAGUCGCCUUAAUUUUUUGGGUCAUGGUGCUCUUCAUACACAUAUUAAUUUUGCAUACCUAGUUGCUCUUAGAUUAACAAUGACUCUAAAAAAUAUUUCCUCUGAUGAUACAUGUUAUAAUUAUGAUGUUUUUCUUCAUGCGCAUUGUUUUGGUGCCAAUAUAUUAAGAUUUAUUUUAUCUUUAAGUAAUGAUAUAUGGAAAAUUAAAGACACUUCUCUCCUUGAUUUAAAUUCAGAAAGAACAGCAUUGGCAAUUUUAGAAGAUAAUUUUAAAUUAACAUUAAGAAAUAUAGAUAUUGUUACAAAUAAAGAUAGUAUAAAACCCAAUAAAGAUCCAUAUUUUAGAGGUCCUAAAUAUUAUUUAUAUAAAAAUUUUCAAGUAGAUUUGAGACAUAAAGAAUUAACAGAAAGUUUAGAUGAAAUAUUUAAUGAUGAAAACGUUAAUUACAAUAAUUUAAGUGAUGAUAUGCUACAGGAUACCAAUAUAAAUUAUAUUAAAAGUGAGGAUACAGAAAAUCAAAUAAAUAGAGUAAUAAAAAGAUUUCAUUUUUAUUUAUUAAAUAAAAAAAUUAGUCUGAUGAAUAUUUCUGCAACUGGACCUCCACUAAGUGGUGUAGUAUGGAACUUAGAAGAUAUUAAAAUAGGUCAUCAAAAGAAAUUAAGAUAUAAAUCUAUUUUGAAAAUUGUGCCAUCUUUUGUCAAAAAUAAUAUUACUAGAACUAGAGAUGUUGAAGAAUUAAUGUAUAUUACUAAUCCCAAAUUACUCUGCCAUUUAGCUGUAGAAGAAAAAGUAGAUUAUAAUUACAAUAAAAAUAGAGGUUCACUAAUUUCUUAUUUUAAAAAUGUAAAUUAUUACGCUGAUUUAGAUAAUGAUGAACUUGUAAGUAUGUACACAAGUUUAGGUUUACAUUCUCCUGCUCAUAUGAGAUCAUUAAGUUAUUUUAUGCUAAAUUUUAGAAACGAAUUUUAUAAUCGUAUUUUUAAAAUUCCUGUUCAUUUAUCUAACAUAAAUGUUUCUGAUAAUAAUUACUUUAUUAGUUAUUUAGAAGAAAAUGAUGUUUGUUCAUAUGUGAAAAAUAAAUAUUUAGAGUAUUUUGUCUCCUAUGUUAAUGAACUAGUAAAUUAUAAUCAGAAGCCAAGUCCUUAUAUUCCGCAAAGAUAUGCAUACAAAAAUCCAUUUUUAGUACAUUUUAAAGUUCCUGUAGAUCAAAAAAAUAAUAUCUAUACAUCUCAUUCUAUAUUAGGUACAGGUAGAACUGCAUUACUUUUAUAUUCAUAUGAACUUUAUAAGCAUUUAUCAAGCAGUGGUUUAAAUAAUAACGAUGUUAUAAGAGGAGAAUCAGAGUAUUUUUAUGACACUUAUCCUUUUGUGUACUAUAAUUGGAUGACAUAUAUUGCAAAUCAAAAAGAUCGUAAAAAAGAAAAUAUAAUGAAGGAUGUACUUUUAUAUUCUGAUAAUGUAAAUAUGGAUAUUGUAGAUAAUCUUUUUAAUGUUUUUACAAUAUUUCAUUAUUUGAAAUUCUUCAUUUUUCAUAAUAAUGCUGAAGAUGCCAAAAAAAAUAUAUAUAAAAUGAUUAAUCAAUUUUCCUUGCCAAAUUUAAAUAAUAUUUUUAAAAAAAAAGAAAAAAAGAAAAUUGAAUUUUCCAUGUUAAAGAGAAACGAACUUAAUAAACAAGAGAAAUACUUAUAUGAUUUCUUUGGAAUUUAUACGAAUUUUUUAAAAAAUUUUAGCAAUAACAAUGCAUUUUCAUACAUUCCAGAUGAUGUAUUUCUUAUUAAGCAUAGUACUUUUAAAGAUCAUCAUAAUAAAAAUAUUGAUUCUUUAAAAGAGCAAAUAAAAAAUAUUCAUGAUUUUGUAAAAGAGAAUAAAACAUUUUAUGAAAUGAAAAAAAAGUUAAAUCUUAUGUAUAAUAUUGAUAGAACGGAUAAUAUAGUUGAUGAUGAUGAAGACAUAGAAGAAUUGUAUAAAGAAUUUGAAAGUUAUAAUGACAUUCAAAAUUUAGAUAUUGAUAAUAAUAAUGAAGAUUUUAAUAAUUCUGACAAAGGAACAGUAAAUAAUUAUUAUGGCAUGUAUUUUCAUAUUAAAAGAAUAUUAAAUUUAAAAGAUGCUUUUGUAAAUAUAAAACAAGUUAACUCAUCAUAUAAAAAUGUGCAAUAUGUAGAAUUUGUAAUUAAAAAUGCAAAGUAUGAAAAUAUAGAAGAUAACCUAAAUAAUUUAGAAAAUAAUAAUUAUUGCUUGUUUAACUAUGAUGAAGAAAUAGAUCUUUCAUAUAUAGUCCAUUUUUGUAAUUAUAAUCAACAAAUAUAUUAUAAUUUAUAUAAGCGUUACACGAGUAAUUCUAUUUACGUUUUGGAGAAAUUAAGUGACUGCGAGUUAGAUAACUAUAAGUAUUUGAAGUUAUGUGAAAACGCAAUUCUUCUUAAAAGGUUUUUUCAUAAAGAAUUAGACGUAAUUUUGUCGGAAGUACAUAAGAAAGAACUAAGAAAAAUGUAUGAAAUGAGAACAUCUAUAGAAAGAGGAAUAAAUGCAAGAAAUAUAUUUUCAUUAAGCAAUGAUUCUUUAGUUGCAGUACUGCACAAUAAAAAUGAAAAUAUGACAAAUAUUAAAAUAAAUGUAUGUUUUAAGGUUUCAGAUGUUUCAAAAAAUAAAAAUUUAUUUUUUAAAGAUAAGCUUCCCGAACCAGAAUAUGAUUUUAAGGAUAAUGUGAAUUCUAUGAAUAAUUCAGUUUUUUGUACACAUGUUAGUUUACCAGUUAAAAUAAAUACUCGAUUAAUUAAAAGUUUAAACGAUAUUUAUUUGAGAGCAAUUCGUUAUAUUUCAAAAGAUAAACAUUUUCAAAGUAUUUUUAACAUAACUGAAGAUGAAGGGUCAUACAAAUCAUUCGUAUAUUUUUUUGAUAAAUUUUCCUACGUUUAUGAUUUAAGAAGUACAUAUAAAAAUUCAGAAGAAAUAACAUCAUUUACUACUCCACAAAAUUUUACAUGGAAAUAUUUUUACUAUUUAUUAAAAUAUGAUAUAAAUACUGAAUUCAAUAAUGAAGAAUUUUUACAUAACUUUUUUUACGAAGAAGAUAAUGAAACAGUUAAACCUCUUAAUGGAAAUAUUUUUGAAGACUUUUUAAUGCAUUUUACAGCAUUCUUUUACAUAUUUAAAGUUAAUUAA